AUGGGAAACGCCCGCGCCCUGAGGCCGGGCCACGCCCUCUCCCGCCCGCCGCUGAGAUUGGCCGGGGCGGACGCUGCUGGCCACGCCCCGCCCCGUCCUGGGAAUCCCGCGGGCGGGAGCGCGGGGUGGGGCCGAGGUGACCGCGGCGCACGGAAGGGGCUGCAGGGUCCCACGCGCCCACCUGCUCCGAGCCCCGAGCCCGCCCGGCUGGCCCUCCCGCCUCGGACCACUGACCCACCUCCUCUGAUGACCGAUGCCAUCAUCUGCACACUGACCGAGGGUGCCUUGUUGCAGACCGAGAGUCAGCUCCUCUCCCACGUGGCUGAAGCUGCGACCUUGGAGCAUCCCCUCCCCAAGGUGCCCCGGGAUUCAAAGAACAAGACCAUCGUCGGCAUGAGACACCACUCAAGUGUUUGGUCCAACCAGCUGUCUGCAGAGCCGCCCUGGCUGCAGGGGCUCCUACUGCUCCCGCGGCUACUUCUGCUGUUGUACUGCUUCUACGAGUGUCACUGCUGCCUCGACACUGCGGCUACUGUCCCUGACGCCUGGUGCUACCCCUACUCCUACUAUAUCACUGCUACUACCACGACCUCCACCACUAUUACUGCUGUUAGUUACUAUGUGGCUCUGGUGGUCUGGUCAGUACCGAGCUGCGCUGCCAACACAAAGGGGGUUCCAAUCCAGUGCUACCCCAUGGGAGACAGAACUACCUGGGAAAGAAAGCAGGCAGACCCGGGAGUGUGGGAUCCAGGACAUCAGUGGAAGGACAGCAGACUGGAGGUGGUCCUGUCCAACCAUGAGAUGGGCAAGACGGUCUGCUGGAAGCUGUGCACGGGCAAGCUGGGCGUUGCCCUGAAGGUAGUGGUUGGAUUUGGCCUUUUCUGGGCCGUCUUCUUGAACACUGGGGCUGGCAUCCGCUGGGCAGCAGAGGGUAUUGGGGGUCUGAAGAAAGAAAAUUCCUUGUUCAGCUAG